GUAUUCGAAACCAAUAGAUUCGUACGGAAGGCCGAUAGAUGGCGGUAAGAGGCCGCAAACUGUCACGGAGAUCUACAAGCCUGAAGUUUACCAACUACCGGACACCACGAGCCAGCAGCAGGAGGUGAAGACCGCGCAACAACAGACGUUUUCCGGAUACCACAGCAUCAGCCCGCUCGCCAACUAUGCCUUCCAGGACAGCGCUCUGCCUCCGAGCAUAUUAGGGUCUUUCGGAUCUUUCGGUGUGCAAUCAGUAAAAGCCAGGGAACCCGCAUAUCCAACAACUAAAUCAUACAUAUCACCUCAGCCUACCAAACAAACUAUAUUCAACUCGUUCAGCUAUACGUCAAAUAACAAUUUCAAAUCAACUCCGAGCUUAUUCUCUGUCACCACGCCGAAACUACAGACGAUACAAAACCAAUACCAAUUCGGCACAACUGUUAACGAUUUCAGAAAUAUACCAACCCCACAGACAAAACUUUCCAACCAUCCAAAGAUAGACCCAAAUGCGAACGGCAAAGGUAUAUUCAAGCCUAGCCCACAGGAUCCGUUCAUAAAACCUUACCAAAGUCUAGAUGUAAAUAAAAUAACGACAUACAACCCAGUUAUUCAAACGACGACGUUGCCAAAUAGUUUCUACUACACCACACAACAUAAUGCACCGAUUCAAAAUAAUCAAAAUCAACAAAUUGCACAGAUCCAAAACUAUCAAAACCAACAAAACCUAAACUAUAAGUAUGAAAACAAAAAGAAUAUUAUUCACGAUAAUAUAGCCGCUGGUGUAAACCAGCAAAAUGCACAGAAAUAUGCCGACCCACCGAGAACACAACUACAAGAGACUCCCUCUAAAUUAUCUCAACAAGGUCAUUACGAAGUUACUGAAAAUCACGAUGACAUCAUUACUAACUCAUCUCCUUGGAUGUCAUCCCUUGAACCGCAUCGGAACAAUCUAAAGGCAAGUGAAGAAUCAGCACUAAAGCAAGAAACUUUCGAUGCAAUUUUCCGGCAGACUACUACGACGCCGUACCCUGAUGUAACUGACGAAUUCGUCAUCGUCACCGAGAGCGAGAAAGGCUAUGAAAACUCUUUGAGCUACGACGGACAAGUCGAAACACAAAGUAGGCGGCCAUCGGAGGAUGAAUUCGAACCUAUUGAUAAGAAUAAACUCAAAGACUACUACUACAAGGUAUCCACGCCAUCGUACGGUGAUCAUACAUACGCUAGACGAACAAAGAAACCAACCGAAGCAUCUAAACUAUUUGAUGUAACCACUAGUCAAAGCGCUAACACUGACAUUAAUGUACCAAUAGAGACUCUGCCGACGCUACCUCCGAAUAAACACUUCAAACGUCCGAGUACUCCGGAACCAGUGGACAAAGAUAGAAUACGUAAAAGAAAUAAAAUACGUAGACGCCGUCCUGGCUUUGCUAAUGGUAAUCGUAACAAUCAAAGCAAGGAAGAAAUAACCACUCGUAGAUAUGAACAAUCAUCGUCAGAACCAACGCUGACCACAACGAUAACCGAAGAAGUUUACACAAUAAGACCCCGAGUCAGACCGUCUAAACAAGAACAAGGUCAAACUACGCCCAGCGUUACCACAGACUUUACCACAAGCGCCUUGCCCACCAUAUCACCAACUGUACCAUCUAUAGUAAGAAGGAAGAUCGCAUACCGGCGUCCGCUGACCACGCCAGCUGAAAAAGUUGACACAACAACAGUCGCAUACCGAGAACCCGACACAAUCAAAGAAUCACCGAUUAUGAAGAUAUCGUCUCGACCUCAAUUAUUGAAAUUAACAUCAAGUAUUUAUGAGUACAAAGCCAACGAUGUUCCGGACUACACUCACAAGCAGGACGAGAAAGACACACCCACCAGCGACGUAUCCGUCAGCUUAACUGACUCACUUAAAAGUUCAGAUGAAAUACACAAAGAAUUUUCAUUCCACAGAGACGUAAAACCUGUUGAAAUUAAAGAAACGACUACCGAUGUAUUAAAGGAGAGCAAUGAGUUCGCUUUCGAAGCAACCACGACACCAAGGCCAGAAACUACAACACGAACGAUAGGGAAGAGAUUAAGACCAAAGAACAAGCAAGAUCGACCCAAGUUUAACGUCAAAGACUACAGAAACAGACUAAGCAGUACUACUAGCACAACAGAAAAGACUAUCGAGAAUACGCCCAGAUUAAGAUACGCUCAAAGGAAAGCUCCUUACACGGAAAACUCGAGCAACGAUAGCGAUAACGCCACUGAAAGGAGACGUUUUACACCAAAAGAUCCCAGGCACAGACAUAAUAAAACAGAAAAUAACGAGCAACUAGAAAGAGAGAUACAUUCCACUCGCCAGGCGGGUAGACAGAGACAGACGACGGUCGAAACUGAAUCCACAACACAAAAAAUAUCAUCAAGAAUUAGAAACGGUUCGCGAAGACCUCGCCCCACAGAAGAUACUACUGAAACGACCAGUACCACAGCUUACAGCAGAAGACCACUUCGCAAGAAAAUAAAGGAUUCAGAAACGGGAGAAUCCGUACAAGAUAUAAGCGUAACUGAUGCUUCGAAUACUGACGUAAAGAACGAAAUAACAUCAGAAAGAUCUCGAUCUGAGAGCGCUAUCAUGAAAAUAGCAGAUAAAAAGCACCAAGAUCAUAUAGAACAUUUGUUCGAGCAGUCGAAAAGAGUUUCCGACUUGACAUUAGCGGCCAGUAAAGAUUAUAGCAAUCCAGGAAUGUUCAAAACAGUAUCAGGUAGCAGUAGACGAAUACCUAAUUAUUUCACAAUAGCAACAGACGACCCUAUCCUUCCUAUAGAGGCGUUCUUCCCACAAUUAAACCAAAAGAAAGAAUCGUAAUCAAAUUAGUUUUUCAUCAAACUAAUUCUUCAAUUGCCAAAGCGAGCGGACUAUUUAUAAAAAAAAUGAACAGUGAAAGAGUCUAUUUUUUUAUCUGUAUUUGACUGUUUUGAAUCUACAUUACUUUUAGUUACUAAGACAUGUCACAACAUAAUAGACCGGUAAAUACAUAAAUUAGUUAUGAUUGAAAACUGAUUAGUUAGUAAUAAAAGUAAUUUUCCGAAUUUGAUUUUCUAGGACAA